AUGGACAACUCAGCCUUUGAGAUGCAUGAAGAUGCAGCACAGAAUACUUUUUCUACGAGGAAGAUGGACACCAUCUCCAGAAUGGAGAAGAAGAGGCAGUGGUCACUGAUGAGCGUUUUCCUGGUGUGUCUCUUGGCCUGUACCGUCACCACGGCAGUAGGAGUACUGAUACUUUCCUUGGUUUAUGUUCACAACUCUCAGCCACAUUCACAAGUCCACCUGGAAGUCCGGCCUCUGCAAACAACGGUUCCCGUAGUGCAAAAGGCUGUUGAUCCAAAAUACCAGUUUCUUAAUCAUUUGCCUAAAUCCAAGGUCUUUGAAUUCCCUGGCGGUGCAAUCCAGUGGGCCCGGUAUAGGAACAAUGUCAAAGACUACCUCAGCAUUGAAGAAGAGGCCUUUGGCAGCAGCUUGAACAGUCAGAGAUCACAGAUGACUCUGGGGACCCUGAGAAUAAAAAGCAACGGUCUCCGGGCCCCUCACUGGCACUUCAAUGCUAAUGAACAUGGCUACCUUGUACAGGGGACGGCAUGGAUUGGGGUGGUUGAUGAUGGUGGUGUAGUUACUACAUACAAUGUUACAGCUGGCCAAGUGAUCUUCUUCCCUAAAAAUACUCUACACUGGAUCAAGAAUGUGGGGAACGAAGACUGCUUUUUCUUACUCUUCUUUUCCACACAUGAUGAACUUCAGACACUGGAUGUUGAUGAUGUAUUUUUUUCUGUACCUGAAGAUAUUGCUUCCAGGUCACUUAAGCCUGAAGGUGGAAUUAAUUUCAUUAGAACGUUCCAGAAGCAGAAAGAGGACCAGGGUGUCAACCUUCCCCCCAACUUGGCAGAACUGGUUAUAAAUCCUAGUUAUGUUCAGUCUCCAGAGAGUCUUGUGUGGAGAUAUUUUUAUGACCUUAAAGGUUCAAAAGAAUAUCAAUUUCCAGGAGGAGUAAUACAACUGGCACAAUACUGGAAAAAUGGAAGCGAACUAAGCUACCAUGAAAAAAUUUUUGGUGAAUUCCUGAAUCAGCAUCAGAAUGCUCUCACUUUGUGUACACUCAGAAUUUAUAACAACGGAUUACGACAGCCGCAUUUUCAUUUUAAUGCAAAUGAAAUGGGAUAUGUAAUAAGUGGAUGUGCAAAGGUGGGCAUUAUUAAUACUCAGGGUAUCGUGGAGUUUGAUGUUCACAUUGGAGAUGUGGUAUUUUUCCCCAUGGGAACCCAACAUUACAUUAAGAGCACAUGUGAUGAGGAUUUGCUUUUCCUUCUUGCCUUCAGCACCGGAGACCAGUUGCAAACUCUUGACAUGGAUGAUUAUCUCCAGGCCACAGCAGACCACAUCCUGGCCCAACUUUUCUUCAAGAAGCAAAGUGAAUUUAAGAAGAUCCCCAAAUUCAAGGAGGACCAGGCAAUCAACCUGCCGUAGAUUUGCCAAUGAGUUCAUACUUAUUCUUCCUUCCUCAUUUGUUCUUAUUGUUUUUAAAGAAGGACCACUUUGCUAAUAAACCUGAAGCUCUUUAUAGAGCAGAAGUGGGAAAGCAGGUGCAAAACAGCCCUGUGAGCUCAUUUAGCUGACAGUGAUGCUAGGCAGUGGAUGCUAAGGGAGCAUUUCAGUAUCCUCUGUGUAGAUUAGUAGAUCUAUGGAGGAGACCCAAUAUAUUAAAUUCAUAUAUUUUUGUAUGGGUUUUAGUGUAUGUGUAUGUAUUUAUUUGUUUUCCUUUUGUUACUUCAAAUUUUAUUACUCUAAGUGAAAAGUCAUUUUUUUAUCCCUAUCAGCAAGUCUUACUACCAUGCAUGUAUUUUUGUCAUUCAUCACCAUGAAAGGAAUUCAGCCUAUGUACAAGGUGCUGGAAUCAGAUACCUCAAACCUUGUCUGGAGAGUUCAGAGGCUGGUGAUCCCUAACCCUUUUGUUGUAUGAAGUAACUUUUUACGAUGGCAAAAUUUUCAAGGACUCACUCAUUUGACUGGUUGUAUAUUUUCUGUAUAUUAGCUGAGAAAAUAAAAUAUCCAGUGAUGAACUAAUUAUAAAUUCAAUACUUUCUUUGAAUAUAUUGAAUUUCAUCAAUCACAUCAGCAACUAUUUACAUUUGAGGAGCAGUCAGCCCUAUAUUUGAGAAGCAUAUGGUUUAUUUAGUCCAUUGGCAAUGCUGGCUAUGUAUGUGGAUUCAAGAACCUCUUGCCCUCAUUGGAAGCUGGUAGGGGCUGGUGGUCUCCAAGUUGAGGGUCAUUGUGUUAAGUAGAAAAUAACUUGUUCAGAUUUAAUCUGUGCUGGGUUUUGUUUACAAUUUAUUUUAACAGGUAUUUGUUUUUGUUUUUUAAAAAUAUUUUAUUUAUUUAUUUGAUAGAUUACAAGUAGUCAAGAGAGGCAGGCAGGGAGAGAGGAGGAAGCAGGCUCCCCGCUGAGCAGAGAGCCCCAUGCAGGGCUUGAUCCCAGGACCCUGAGACCAUGACCUGAACUGAAGGCAGAGGCUUUAACCCACUGAGCCACCCAGGCAACCCUUAACAGGCAUUUGGUACCCCUGCAUUAUACUUGGGUACAGCUGUUAGUUCUGGAGUAUACAAAACUAAUGCCAGUUAAGACUAACUAUAUAAACUGUAGACUAACUGGCGUUAGUCCUAUAUAAAAUUCUCAAGUCAUUGUAACUAAGUUUUAAUGCUUUUGACCCCCUCCCCCACUUCAGAUACUCUCCUGAUACCUAAUGGAACUUUUAGAUGUCUUAGGAUGUUUGUUGCCAGGCUGAAAAGAUCUAUAUGUUCCCUUCUUUCUCUGUCUUUGUUUUUUAUUUCUGUAUCUUCCUGUCUGGAGUGCUAGUUCUGUUGCCUACAAGUACUGAAUUCAGUGAAAAUCAGGAAUAGCUCACUUCUAGCAUGAGGAAGUAGCCAUCUACAUAAUGUACCUAAUCAGACAACAGAAGGCCCGUUACCACUUGGAGCUAUUGUGUAUUUCCCUAUUGCCUUUUUCUGGGAGAGGCAGGCAAGAUCAGAACUUGGUAGCGAUGGGAGUUUUGUGGUGGCAGUAUUGUUUUGAAGAGACUUUAUAGGGAAUGAGUUCAUGUCCAGGAAUAGGAACAUAGUUGAGAAGAUGCAAGGAACAGCACAAGGAAAUAGGUAUAUGGAAAGAGGCUGUCCAGGUAGAGGGGAAAUAGUCAUUCAAGGAAACUAGCAAUGUGUGUAGACAGAUUUUAUCUAUAUAAGUUUUGUUUUACUUUAGGAACUGUUUUGUAUACUAUGAACUAGUUCAUAAUCCAUUCUCUUAUACCAGGAAAUACUGUAUUAGGUUUUAUUUUAUAAAGAUUUUACACAUCUUUGUAUAUUAUUUUGCCAUUGUAAUUUUGAAGGAAAUCUGUUCUUAAGGUCUUAUGUAUUUGAAGCAUUAUUGGUUUCCCUGUAUGGAUCUUUGAAAUAUGACUUAGGAAUCCAAUCCACUAUGUAUUUAAAAAAGAAAAAUCUUAAAAAUAAAAACAUCUAAUG